UUUGAGUACAGUCGUUUGCUUAUAUCCAUUGUUUACAGUCAGCUGUUUGUGUAAUUAUUAUUGUUAUUAGCGGGUACCGCGACCGAUAGUGCAUCGAUGUUUGUGUUUUGUUAACACACAUUUCGCAAGUGUACCUCCGAGUGGUACCUUCUCGUCGACAACGCGAUAGUGAGUAAACACACAGGCAAUCGUCGUUCGUUUGUAAUGAUGAUAAUCACCCGUGGCUUGGAUGCGAAAAAAUAAUACAAGCGAAGGACCUGCUAAGCGACGCAAUGAGUUAGUAAACAGUAGAACAUUGUUAUGCAAGUGCUCACUUGUUUUAUAGUGAGUGAGGAGUGGCUGGUACGAUUUUAGUAGCAAGCAAUGUUUUCUGUGUGUAUGCUUUGAUAACAGACGUCCGAAGCGAAGGAGGUCAUUGGUGCGUGUCCCGAGGGUUGUAGAUUGUACUAUAAGAUUCGCCAGUAGGUGGUUUCACAGCUGUAAAUGGUCGAGUGAAGGAGAUCCGAUUACCGAAAAUUUAGUUAAGUACGGAUCACAAACAGAGCCAGCGGAGUAAUAUGUAGGUAUAGAUUGUGCAAUGAUCGUGUUCUCUGGAAGUGGUUGCGAGUUGCGAUUGCGAAUGGAUUGUGUCGGAGAAGGGAACGGCAGAACGUUCUUCAAUUGAGCAAUAUUAAGUAGAACAAAUUAAACCGUUGUUGACGGCCGGGCAGCGCGCGCCCGGAGAAGAAAUUUAAAGGUCAAUUCCGCUAAUAGAAUAAGUGACUUUGCGCUUAAUUAGUGCGAUCGCGUUGGCCUACCGAGACGAGACUCUCGAUCGCGCAUAGUGGGCCUCCUCUGUGUGUGGUAUAUCGAUUGGUAAUGGCGGGGAUGAUUUUCACCAGAUGCACUUGGCAGUGAAUGGUAUUAUAUAUAACAGUUGUGGCUUUUUUUUUAGCUUCGAGAAGACGAGUUGCCAAGAGGUUACAAAAGUUUAGAAAAAGUUAAAAUUUGAGCUUCCCAUAAACGCAUGGAAUCAAAAUCAGUGAGUCGGUUCAGAAGCUAAAACGAAAAACCGAAUAAAAUACCUGGAAUUAACAGUCAUUACAGAGCGAAACAAAAAUAAAACGUACAAGUUAAGGCCCCCCAAAAAAGAAGCCGAAUAAUCGGUCUGGGAAGAAGCGGACGAAACGCGUUGAUACCUACCAGUCUUCCACGCCCGGUAGUUUCGUUGUUGUUGUUGAAGAGAGUCGCGCCGGAUCAAUUUGUGCGAUGAUCGCCUUUACGUACGGAUUCAAAGUGCACCAAACACCUUCGACACCAGCAGAAGAAGCAGCAGCGGCAGCACCCGGGGAGUGAAGUGAGUGCGUGGGAAGAAGAAAGAAAAUCAUUUCCUUACCACCUCGGUAGAAGAUCGUAAAACGUAGAAUCUCACCCAGCAGCUCUCGGGUGGGGAAAAAGUGAAAGAAGGAAACGAUUAUUAUCGUGCUCCAGGUGGAGGAAGUGUGGGUGUGGGUGGGAGACCGGGCAUCGAUCGAGGUGAAGUAAUUACCCCCGAAAUACUGAAGGUGGAGCGGUGGUUGAACCGAAGUAAAUCCGCCGCUGGAAGAAAGCAACCUCGAGCCGGGGGGAAAAAAAUAGUGGAAGCUGCCGCCUCUUAUAACGGUGGCAACAUUGAUCCAGUUGGAGUGGAACAAAAAACUGCAACAACAGCCACAUACGUCACACGGUCAAGCGCAACCAGAAGGAUGGGUAUGUUGGUUCUGGGGGCCUUGGUCUGGUGCCAGAUGGUGCUGCUGGCCGGUACCGUUUCCGGGAACCAUCACAACACGUCGCAAUCGAGAGACUGUUCCAUCCUGCACCCGGCCUGCGUACGCUGCAACGAGCGCGGCUGCGUCAAGUGCUCCGAACUGAUCCAGCUGGACACCAGGGAGUGCGUCAGUGACUGUCCCGGCGGAUACGUCGCCAAGUGGUCCACCACGUCCGAGUUCAUGGGUCGCGUGUGCUACCCGGUGGGAUUCUCCGGCUCGUUCCUGGCAGCCGUCGUCGGAAUCGCCGCCGGUGCAGUGCUCUGCAUCGUGCUCAUCAUCGCCGCCAUGGCCGUCAUCCGGCGGAAGCAGAAGCGGAAAAAGUAUCGGGAAACCUUCAUCGAUGAAAACAUCGAUCGGCUAGAGUUUCUCAAACAGCUGGACGAACUGCGACCACAGGCGGAGUAUUUCCUCCAGAUGCUCAACGACACCAGACGGCAGAUUCGCAAGCUACAUCUGGCCGGUGACAGUUCCGGUGCUGCCACCUAUCAUCCGGUGGUUCGCGAUCUUGCCAAAAUCCUCAUCCUACUCAACAAACCGGUCGAGUUGAUCAGCUCUGCUCCCCACGACUGGCAACGGUUGUACGUGUGGGCCGAGAAGGUUCUCGAUCGGUACAAACCCGAACUGACCCAGUUGAUCGAGUUCCUUCAGCAGCCAUCGAUUCCGUCGUCCGCUUCGGAUCCCCGCCUCGGCACCAGUGAACAUUCCACCUUCAAGUCCAAGUUCAGCGGAAGCGCAACGGGCGUCAAUGAAAAUGAUAUUUCACCCAGUUUGAGUGCCAAGAACCAGCGCAACCUGCUGCAACCGGAAUCGGCUACCAAGCAGCAGAACCACUUUCUCGGUUCGCUCAUCAGCUUGCACGAGUUCGACGAACGAUCAUCGUGCUCGCAAACUGACGGGGGCAAUUCAAGCAACCCGUUCGGGGACACGUUCGAUCAUGUGCGGUCGUACCUGUCGACGUCGGGCAUCAACGACAGUUCCCUGUGGUUACAGGAUGAGUUCUUCAAACUUGGCUUCCGACCGCAGGAUGAAAUCACCACUGAACUGUAGACAGAGACAUACAUUCCAAGAGCGGGAGGGGCGACCUUUGUAAAUAGAAGACGAGUAUUAGAACUUUACGAUUCCGCUGCAAUCUGAGCAGAUGCCGGAACGAUCGAUACAAUCACGAAACUAGUCAAAGCAAUUGAAUUAUUUGUACAGCGAGAGGACGUUUUAUAUUAAUAUAAUAAACAUUUAUUUACUGUCAGGUUAGUGAAGGACGCAUAGUUCGUAGGCAACUUUCGAUAGAGAAAAGAGAGAAGCCUAUUACAACUAGAUUAAAGGAGUCUCCGGGAAGAUGAUUUCUGGAAUAAGCAAUAUUGAACUUUGUAAGAUUUGUCGGAUAGUUUCUCCAGAUGGAGGAAGACCUCCGAGCGAUAAUGUGAAUUAGUGAAAUAGAAGCUAUAUUUGGAAAGGUAAGGCAAUACAAAUUAUAUUGAAGCACCUCUUGCCAGAGGGGAUAUCGCUCAUCGAGAGCUCAGAGAAAGAUUGAUCAAAUGAAUAAACACGUUAUUGUA